AUGGCGUCUCCCAAACCUAACGACACCGAGAUGGCCAUUUGGUUUCAUACCUUAAAGCUUGGAGGGGGAGUGUAUCUAUGCAUAUUCUCCUUUCGAAUUUGGAAAUCUAUCAUAUUCACGAGCUUCGCUGCUACCUGUUGUGGCACUGACAACGCACUGUCCGUCGACGGCUGCCUGCAACAAAAACGUGAUUAUGCCCAACCCCCAGAGGCCCCGAUGCCGUUUGCUUUGCUCACUGCCCGCUGCCUGAGAGAAGAAACCUCGCUCAACCUACCACACGCUGUUUCCUUCCUUCCUCUUCUCUGUGUUAGAGGGUCUCAACUUUGCAACAGAAUCGCCGCACAUGGGCGCCGCCGGGCAGCACCGUUCAAUAUAGACAGAAGCAGGCCUGCGUUAUGUUGUUUAGAACGUGAACAACGAACACCCGCACUACCAGUGCGUUGCGCAACUGAUGUUCACACGAGCCAGAGCUGCCCGGCGUUCGCCUUCAUUUUUCGGAUCAAACCGAAGGUGAUUGACAACGCACAAGGCGACGAAGCUGACUUGUCUUCUACGACAUGGUCACCACAUCUACACCAGAGUUCUGCUGAAGACCUCCGCGGCACACCGGCGUUCGUCGCUGCAGACCUCCGCUGCACACUUGGCUUAAUUCGGUCCAUAGCUUUCCUUGUUGUUCUUGCGAACCGCGGGAACUUUAUCGGACACGAGAAAAACGCAAUCACGCAGGGUCGCGCUCAAGACCUCGCCGUCUACAAGUCCUUUGCCCAACGCGGUGUCAAUAAGCGCUUCAAAUCGUGCAAGAAGUGUGAGACUCAUGAUCACACCACCGGUGAUUGCACCGCCGAUGGCAUUAACAUGUCGGACAAGAGCGUAACCACCACACCUCUGGCGAAUGCCCUCUCGACGAUUUCUUAUGCUCUGCAUGUGGACGAAAGGUCCAUAACUAUUUUAACUGCACCACAUCCGCCGGUAGCCAGUGGUGCAGCGCGUGCGAGUGCCCCUCGUGCGAGUGCCCUCUCGACGAUUUCUUACGUUCUGCAUGGGGACGAAAGGGCCACACUUCUUCAAUUGCACCACACCCGCAAGGGGCCAGUGGUGCACAAAACGCGAGACGUCUGGACACACACAAUUCCGAUGUCCUCAAUCAAUCUUGACCACUGCCGCCUUCUUUCCGACCUCGCGGACCUCGACCUAAGACUUGCAUCGCACUCCAACCUGCUGAAGGAGCUUCUUGGCGUUGGAAAUGCCAUGUCAGGGCUGGCCACUGAAGUCGUAAGAGACGAAAUGAAUGCUAACGUUGCCGGCGCCCACCAGUUAGGGAAGAGUUUCCCACUGCGAUUGGGGAUUCUCGGAGCCGACGGCGCAGUGCCCGUGCCAAACAUCAUGCGCCCAUACCCUCUGGCUGGCGAGUUACGAUCUACCGAAAAUUCAUUCAAUCCUGGUCAAAAGGAAACCGAAGUCGACAAUCUAACAGUCGAACUGCGGCGGUCCUCAUUUGGAACUUCUCUGCCGAAGAAAAAGGUCACAGGCAAAGCAAGGGGUGCAAGGCUGUCACCUGCAAAACGUGCUUCGGAUCAAGAUGUCAGGUCGCUGGGUAGCAGUCAACACAACCACACCUCUAUUUCAUUUGUUAUUUCCCCUCUGUUUUUGCUUUCUUCCUGCACGCAAAAACUGAAUUCCGGUGACUUAAUUCCAAACUCCGAAGGUGCAUAUUCCUUGAUCAACCAGUACUUCCAAGAAAGUGUUUGGCCUUGA